AAUGAGUUGGUGAUUGGUUUCCCCAUGGUAUUAUAGGAGAAAGGCGUCACGCCAUCACCCAGGGACAGGCACCCAAUAAGCAUAUACUGAAACUCCUCCAAUUUGAUACCUUUCUCACUCCCGCCUUUCAAAGAAUAUCCGUUCUUUCUGUACUCUUCAAAUUCUGCAGAUUCCGUCUAAAUCUUUAACAAGUUAUUAAUCAUUAAACAAUUUCUAUAUCCUAUUUGAUACUUGCUUCAUCAAUCGUCAUGACUCCUUGUUAUUCUCUCUCUAUAAAUCCCUCUCUCCAUCCUCCGUACUUGUGCUCUAACUCUAUUCCUUCUUCUUCAAACUCUUCUUUUUCUUUUCAAGUUUCUUCUUUUACUUCUUCAAGAACAAAACCCAUUUCUUUGACUUGCAGAAGUUUUGAUUUUUUAAGUGCUAGUAGUCCGAGAAUUGGGAGAAGGAAACAACUUGUUCUUGUUAAAGCUGAUAAUAACAAUAAUAACAACGACAAUAUGACUAUUACAGAGGUCAGAGAAGAAGAGGAAGAGAAUCCUCCUUUGAUUGACUCAGAGAACAAUGCUAGGCCUCGUCGUAUUGCUCUCUUUGUUGAGCCUUCUCCAUUUGCAUAUGUUUCAGGAUAUAAGAACCGUUUCCAGAAUUUUAUUAGAUAUUUACGUGAAAUGGGAGAUGAGGUAAUGGUUGUGACAACACAUGAAGGAGUGCCCCAGGAGUUUUAUGGAGCAAAAUUGAUUGGCUCACGGAGCUUCCCUUGCCCUUGGUACCAGAAAGUGCCUCUUUCCCUAGCACUUAGUCCCAGAAUAAUUUCAGAGGUUGCUCGGUUUAAACCUGACAUAAUACAUGCAUCUUCACCUGGGAUCAUGGUUUUUGGUGCUCUGAUCAUUGCAAAACUAUUGUGUGUACCAAUUGUCAUGUCAUAUCACACUCAUGUUCCAGUAUAUAUCCCAAGAUACACUUUUAGUUGGCUGGUGACACCUAUGUGGUUGGUUAUAAAAUUUCUUCAUAGAGCAGCUGAUCUUACAUUGGUUCCAUCAGCUGCCAUUGCAAAGGAUCUUGAAGCAGCUAGGGUGACAGCAGCUAAUAAGAUUCGUCUUUGGAAUAAGGGUGUAGAUUCUGAAAGCUUCAACCCACGUUACCGCUCUCAUGAAAUGAGAUUGAGACUAAGCAAUGGUGAACCUGAGAAACCAUUAAUAGUCCAUGUUGGCCGACUUGGAGUGGAAAAGAGUUUGGAUUUUCUCAAAAGGGUCAUGGAUAGACUUCCAGAAGCCCGGAUUGCUUUUAUUGGAGAUGGUCCAUACAGGGAGGAACUGGAAAAAAUGUUCACUGGCAUGCCUGCAGUGUUUACUGGAAUGCUACAAGGUGAAGAGCUAUCCCAGGCAUAUGCUAGUGGGGAUGUUUUCGUGAUGCCUUCAGAAUCUGAGACACUUGGACUAGUAGUUUUGGAGGCCAUGUCUUCGGGAAUUCCUGUGGUGGGAGCUCGUGCUGGAGGAAUCCCUGAUAUUAUUCCUGAUGAUCAGGAGGGCAAAACUGGCUAUCUCUUUAAUCCAGGCGACCUGGAAGACUGUUUGAGUAAAUUGGAGCCUCUGUUGCACAACAAAGAAUUGAGAGAAACUAUGGGGAAAGCCGCACGUCAGGAAACGGAGAAGUAUGACUGGAAGGCAGCCACUAGCAAGAUACGCAACGAACAAUAUAACGCUGCGAUUUGGUUCUGGCAAAAGAAGAGAGCGCAGCUAUUGAGUCCUAUACAAUGGCUGGCAAAACGUAUCUUUCCAGCAGCAGAAAUCAACUACAGUUGAUGCAGAAACAUCCCAAAGGAUUCUUCAGCAAACUUCUCAGGAAUCAGUAGUCAUUGUAAACUUUCUUUGGGCUUAAAAGAAAGCCCAUUAGAGGGGUGCGUCUGGUUGAUUAAUUGUGAUAUUAUUGAUUGGUUGUAUGUGUUUUUGGGCUGUGAAAUAUGUGGUUAGUUAUGCUGUGCCCAAUGCAACAUUCCAUUCAUUUGAAUGUCAGCUUUGGCUUAAUAAGCAUCCUAGUUAAUUUCUA